GCCUGAGUUGCAGUGUGGCCAAUGAGCGUCUCCAGUCAGUGUGAAUGUCCUUCAUUUCUCUGUCUGGCUAGUGAACUUGCCAUCACGGAUCCUAAUUGGAUUUUUUUUAAAAGGGAAGAAAAGCACCUCUCCGGUUCGCCGAUACUCCUUAAUCGCGUGACAUUCUGGAGCGAUUAAAACAACUUUAACUGCGCGCGACAUGGAAUGCCGAGUGCUGUCGAUUCAGAGUCAUGUCGUGAGAGGAUACGUGGGGAAUAAAUCUGCAUCCUUCCCGUUACAGGUCAUGGGGUUUGAGGUGGACUCGAUCAACUCUGUUCAGUUCUCCAAUCACACAGGUUACUCUCACUGGAGGGGACAAGUGUUGACUGCAGAUGAGCUUCACGUGCUGUAUGAAGGGAUCAAACUGAACAACGUCAACCACUACGACUAUGUACUCACAGGUUACACUAGAGAUACAUCAUUUCUGGAGAUGGUGGUUGAUAUUGUACAAGAGCUGAAGAGGGCCAAUCCUAACCUGGUAUAUGUGUGUGACCCUGUCUUAGGUGACCAUGGUUCAAUGUAUGUUCCUCAGAAUCUCCAUCCUGUCUACAAGAAUAAAGUGGUACCUGUGGCCGAUAUCAUCACACCCAACCAGUUUGAGGCAGAGUUAUUGACGGGGAAGAAUAUCAGCACAGAGAAAGAUGCUGUUGAGGUGAUGGACCUGCUGCAUAAGAUGGGUCCAGACACUGUGGUCAUCACCAGCUCUGAUCUGCCCCCUCGUCUCGGAGACAGAUUCCUGGUGUCUCUUGGCAGUCAACGCAUUUUGAUGCCGGACGGCACAAGGAAGACCCAGCGGAUCCGAAUAGAGGUGCCGAAAGUGGAUGCGGUGUUUGUUGGGACAGGUGAUCUAUUUGCUGCCAUGCUGUUGGCCUGGACUCACCAUUACCCAACAGACCUGAAGACGGCAUGCGAGAAGACUUUCUCCGUCAUGCACCAUGUCAUUCAGAGGACUAUAUCAUAUGCCCAUGAAAUGGCAGGUCCAGGUAGAAGACCCAGCCCGGCUCAGCUGGAGUUACGGAUGGUCCAGAGUAAAGCCGACAUAGAGGAUCCAGCCAUAGUCAUGGAGGCCACCGUUCUAUAGAGCCGCCGCACGCCACGUCUCAUCCACACACCUCACCCUCCGCUCACAACUGCACAAUGUAUAGAUGUUGUACAUUUUGAUAUGUAAUGUGACAUUGCCUUAGAAUCUCAGCCAGAGCACAACAGUUCCAUUUCCAAGAGAUUCAGCAGGGUACGGCCAAACAGGCGAGAGGGGGAGAGCGGUCGCUUGCGCAGAGAAAAGACAAGGGAAGAAGAGAAUGGGAGAGAUGAUCGGCCUCUCAUUCACACUCUUGCAGUCUUCACCAUCUCUGUCUCUCUCUCUCUCUCUCUCUCUCUUUCUCUCAAAGCUCCUCAAGAACUCCGGUUCGUCCUGCACAUAACGCCCAGUCUCUGACAUUUCCAGUCCAGGUCAGUUAUGUACCUAAACUGCCAUCGAUCUAGUGUGGACCAAUUUAGAAAUGACGUUAAUAUAGAUGUGACGCUUUCUACACUCUAUGAUUUUGAGUCCGAACUGUUCAGCAACAAACAUAGAAAACAAAAUCUCAAAAACUGUCAAGAAAUACCCAAGUCAUAUUUUUGCUCAAAAUCAAAAGGUAAAAAUAAGAUAUUUAUUGCAUAAAAGAAAAAGAAGCCUAUUUUUAGGACCAUUAACUUUUAGUGCAUUAUGCUAUUAGUUUUAUGUCAGUU